AUGGAGGAGGUGGCAGAGGAGGAGGCUGGAGAAGCGUCAGAGGAAGGAGCAGUUUUAGAGGAGGUGGCAGAGGAGGAGCAGACUGGUCCUUCUGAAGAGAAGGAGGUGGCAGAGGAGGAGCAGACUGGUCCUUCUGAAGAAGAGGAGGUGGCAGAGGAGGUGGCUGGGGAGGAGCAGACUGAGGAGGAUGAAUCAGUAGAGGAGGAGGAGGUGGAGGAAGCAGAGCCAGUAGAGGAGGAGGUGAAGGAGGAAGCAGAGCCAGUAGAGGAGGAGGUGGAGGAGGAGAAGGAGGAAGCAGAGCCAGUAGAGGAGGAGGUGGCUGGGGAGGAGCAAGAGGUGUCAGAGCCGGAGGCCCCAGGAGCAGGGGAGGCCCGCCCCUGCACCAUGUGGGUGGGAGGAGUUCCAGGGACGCCUGGCCACAGCGGUCACCCCGGCAGGGACGGGAGGGAUGGACACGACGGGCCUCGAGGACACAAAGGAGACGCAGGUGAACCCGGCGACAAGGGCGAGCCAGGGGUGAAAGGUGACGAUGGAACCCCAGGCCCGCGUGGUUUCCAAGGCAACCCCGGUCUGAAAGGUGCACCGGGUGAGAGCGCCCUCGCGUAUCACUCCGCCUUCAGCGUGGGUCUAACCGACCCUGUACCCGACGGCAACCUGCCCAUCCGCUUCAACAAGCUCUUCCUCAACGAGCAGCGUCACUAUGACGACGCCAGCGGAAAGUUCCGGUGCCUCAUCCCCGGGGUGUAUUUCUUCGACUACCACCUGACCGUGUACACCCGGGACGUCCGCGUCGCCCUGUACCGCAACGACAAGCCGGUCCUGUUCACCUACGACCAGUAUCACCACGGCAACGUGGACCAGGCGUCGGGCGCCGUGGCGAUGCGUCUGGCGGGCGGAGACGAGGUGUGGCUGCAGGUGUACGGGGAGGCGGGAGCGUUCGGGGGCGUCUAUGCCGACAACACCAACGACUCCACCUUCUCCGGCUUCCUGCUUUACCCCGAUGUGGGCGGGGCCUAGACGAGCUGGGGGGCGGCGCCAGGAGGGAGAAGGGGAGAGGCUGAGGAGGA